CCUAGGAACGGUUGCUACUGCUGGAUUAUCCUACUACAUUUAUACUGAUCACUCCAGAAAAUUUAUGAUGUCCCAAGCAUAUGCUGAUGCAAAAAUUUCGUCCAUAACUCAACCGUUACGAAUUUUACCAUCACGUGCUGAAAUGAUAAAUGUUCUUAAACGUUCAGAUAAAAGUAAAGAUAAUGAAUUUGAUUUAUUAAUAAUUGGAGGUGGCGCAACAGGAACAGGCGCAGCAUUAGAUGCUGCAACGAGAGGAUUAAAAGUCGCGUUGGUUGAACGUGACGACUUCGCUUCAGGGACUUCUUCUCGCUCCACAAAACUUAUUCAUGGUGGUGUAAGAUAUCUUGAGAAAGCCGUUUAUCAAUUAGAUUAUGAACAAUAUAAACUGGUUCGUGAAGCAUUACAUGAGCGAGCUACGUUUUUACAUAUUGCUCCAUAUUUGAAAGCUAUGGGAAAUUCUUAUUACGUUAGUCGUGACAAAGUACUUGAAGAAUUCCCCUGGUUAAAAAAAGAUAACCUCGUCGGUGCUAUUGUUUAUUAUGAUGGUCAGCAUAAUGACGCACGAAUGAAUGUUGCACUUGCUUUAACAGCAAUUUCUCAUGGUGCAACCGUGGCUAAUCAUGUAGAAGUAACCCAUUUAUUGAAAAAUGAAAAUGGAAAAAUAGUUGGAGCUAGAGUUCGUGAUAAUUUAAAUGGUGAAGAAUGGGAUGUUAAAUCUAAAGGUGUAAUAAAUGCUACUGGUGUAUUCGCAGGUGGAAAAAUGGGAAUGUUAGAUAAAGCAACUUCAGAUGGUAGAGUUCUGUUUGUGCUCCCUUGGGAAGGAAAUACUCUUGUUGGUACUACAGAUUCUCCUUCGGAAGUUACAUUUAAUCCUAUGCCUAAAGAAGAAGAAAUUAUGUGGGUUUUGAAUGAGUUUAAUAAAUUUUUGACUCCUGCUGCUUGGGCUGGAAUUCGCCCACUUGUCAUGGAUCCUGAAGCAAAAGAUACUUCAGCUUUGGUACGAAGUCAUAUGGUCCAUGUUAAUGAUUCAGAUUUGAUUACUAUUACUGGUGGAAAAUGGACUACUUAUCGAAAUAUGGCUAAAGAAACUAUUGAUAAGGCUAUUGAAGUUUUUAACUUAAAGCCACUAAAUGAAUGUCAAACUGAAAAUAAGAAGCUUAUAGGAUCUCAAGGAUAUUCCGAAACUAUGUUCAUUGAAUUGAUUCAACAAUUUGGAUUGGAUACUGAAGUAGCGCAACAUUUAGCUCAUGAUUACGGUGAUAGAGCAUGGGAUAUUGUAAAAUUGACACACCAAGCAGGUAGUAAAAGAUGGCCUGUUCCCGUACAAAAGAUAAAUUCGCAUUACCCAUAUAUCGAUGCUGAAGUUCGAUAUGCCAUACGACAGGAAUUUGCAUGUACAGUAGUA